GUUUGCCUGGCGACCCACUACUUGGUGAGCAGGACAAGUGGAGGGACUCGCAAGUGCAGACGGACAUGCUUUUUCGUAUUUACAUAGCUUUAUUGCAUCGCAAGACGGUAUUACAUUUGCUUACGAGCUCCCCUCAGAGUCGUCGUCUUUGAUUGGCAUCCAGUUACAGUUGGAGAGCACUGCGCUAGAACCCAGCCACACGCCAAAAAAUGCUAUUGCUGUCGUAACUCCGUCCUAUCCAAAACGUGCGUGGGUCGGAAAUUCGCGAGCUUGUGAGUCCAUUUGGACCUACAUAAAGUCCCUCGUAGAACGUUUGCGAUUGUAGUAUGCACGUGUCCGGCUCGAUUAUGAUAUCACUCCUUAUCCUCUUCUGGCGCCUCUGAACGCGACCUACCUACCUCACUACACGGUCCGUAUCAUCCUCUUGCUUCUCGACACCCAACUUCCACUGCAUUUUUGUCUUUUCCUCUUCCUGGGCACAAAUCCCUUCGCUUGACCUGGUGGUUGUUCCCUUCCCGUCUCCAUCGUCCAUGGCGUCUCUGGUCGACAACCACCAACCCAAACCACAUCUCCACCGAUUCCCGCACUCGCCGCCUUCCACGGUUUCGUCAUUUGUCCCACAACAAGAUGACCAUGACGUUCCUGUCGGUGACCUUGCCUUCUUCCAUCGGUCAACAUCCCCCAGAAAGCAUCGAAAGGACACCCACCCGGACAAGGGGAGCGAUUCCGACGGAUACAUCACAGAGCGAUCAACAAACAGGGUCGUCCCGCGCACCUCCCAGGCGUCUCGACGAAAUGCCGCCCGAGCGCGCACGUUGCCUUCCUCGGCUUCCUCUUCCGGCGCAUUGGCCUUACUUUUGAACUCGGACCAUCCAACCAUCGCCCGGCCGCUCUCAGCACGCUCACAUUCCGGGGCAUCCAGUGUCUCCUCAUCGUCUUCGUCGUUUUCCCCUGGGAGUCGGGACCAGCAUUUGGGGGGCUCACAACCCGCCGCCGGCGGCAUCGGGCGGAAAGUAGCCGAGACGUUGCAGUUGUUUAAGGAGACACAGGAUCCAGAAUCGUCUUCCUUUGCUGCCGGACCAUCUUCUGCACGGCCCGCCUCGUCCAAGCGAGCAGAUGAUGUCGCUGAAGCCAAGUUUCAGUUCGUUAAACGUUCGGAAUGGCCUGACCGAGGGACUGCUGCUAUUCGACGAGAAAAGAGCUUUUCCACACUGGGUCGAGUGAAGACGGGUGAAAGCGAUGCGGAUGGGACACAGGAAACGGCGCGGUCUCCUGCGCGGGAGACAUUCAUCGAGGAUCUGACACAAUGGCGCGAAAGCGUUGUUACGAUGGCAGAGAGCUCACGAGGGAGACGACGGGAGCGGCCCCCGGAGGAACCCAUAGUUUUCGACGUCGAUGUAUGUUUUCAUCCCUUUCCUGUGACAGUCGAGCCUGAUUGCAAGCUUUCGACGCCCAAUCAGUCUUCAUCAAAAUCUCGUUCGUCUCGUGUUCCUUCUCUUCGAUUCCGCGAAAGAACCGCUUCGAGAGUGAACGAUGUUGCCACUCUGACGCCCAUCGCGACCCCGCGAUUCAGCGCCAAAGUCCCUUCGACCCCGCCGACCCUGCUCCAACCGCCUUCUGCCGAUAACUCGGAAGCGUUCUCACCUUGGUCUACUGAUGACGAAUCAGCGUGGGAGACAGCUUCAACUACCACCUCUACCUCAACCACAUCCGCCGGUGUGCUCAACUCUCAAGAGGCCACCAGUGCGGACGGCUUGCAUGCAAUCUCUUCCCCGGCUGUGCACGACGCCGUCGGCUUGAAUGACGACGACGACGAGGUGCUGGAUUUCGACCUUGACGAUUUACCGGAUCAAGACUUGCCGCAUAUCCCCCUGCGUCCAUUUCGUAAUCAAGUCGGCGGCCACAGUGCCAUCUAUCGAUUCACGAAGCAGGCCGUGUGCAAGCCACUCGUUUCUCGAGAAAAUCUCUUCUAUGAGUCCGUGGAGAGAGAUGCACCUCCAUUGUUGGGAUACAUCCCCCGUUAUCUAGGCGUCAUGCUCGUGACGUACCGAAGGGUACCCAAGGCCCCGUCGCCUAUAUUCUCACAUCCUCUAUCCGAUCACGCGCGAGACGGAGAGGUCACAGAGAACGCACCUGACGAGCUUGGAGAAUCUGACACGGACUCGGCAGAAAUGCCUGAAGUUGCGCUCGAUCGGAAUCGUCACAUUAUCCCCGAGUGGAUGUUGCGCGGACGCUAUCGUUCGCUAUCUCAGUCCAACAUGAGCGUCCCUCCACUCGUCGACCGCCGGCUGAAUCGACCGCAUCUGAUCAAUGGCGCCGUGUCGAGUCCUGAUCUUGCAGUCGCCCCCUCCCGGACGAGGAUGAGUCCGCUUGCACGGUACCCUCCGUUUGUCACCAGCGAGAUGGAGGCUCCCACGCCUGUGAAUUCGCCCAGCCAGUCCAUCCGCGCCUUUCCCACACAACUUGUCCCGCAGCCCGUCAACCCGGACUUUCUCGCGGACGAAGCAUCCACUCAGCCUCAGCUCAGCGCGUUCCCGUCAACUACGCAGUCGCCUUGGUUCGGUGGCACUGGGUCCACAAUGGUCAACACCAAACUCAAGGAUCAUGUGUUCAGCACUGUCCUUCGACGGUUCCGGCGUCGGACGGGUGGCCGGUUGGCGACCGAAAAUCGCACGGACGAUGAUGGGGAUGUAGCUGAUGCGGAGGAAGAGGAGCACAAGCACACCCCACGCAGAACACGCAGUGGGAAAAUCCGACCUUUGAUCAGCCAAGUAGGAGACCUGACGGGCCUGGAAAAAUCGCCCCCCAUCCGCCGAGUGCAGAGUGAAUCAGUUAUGGCCAGCCCCGCCAAACUAAAGUCUCUGGCGAUCGAGGAGCGGCGGACCAAAGAUAUGAUCAACGUCUUUGGUCUGGAUUUCGACGAGAGCCGGGAGAACGACUGGCAGCUGCCUCCCUUGAGGAGGCGAAGUCGGUCUCGCUCACUCGAUUUUGUACCGCCUGCGCCGCCUGCUGGGAAUGCUGCUGCGACGCGCCAGAGCCAUUUCAUUCUCAUGGAAGAUCUGACUGGUCGUCUCAAGCGGCCGUGUGUGAUGGACUUGAAGAUGGGCACUCGUCAGUACGGCAUUGACGCAACCCCGGCCAAAAAGAAGAGCCAGCGCAAAAAGUGUGAUCGGACGACGAGUCGGCCACUGGGAGUCAGGGUAUGUGGCAUGCAGGUUUGGAACCAUGCCACCCAAUCCUAUAUCUCUCAAGACAAAUAUAUGGGCCGAGAUGUCCGGCCCGAGGCAUUUCACACCGUUCUAGCGUCGUUUCUACACGACGGAGAACGGUUACUGGCGUACCAGAUCCCGAUUCUUUUGCAGAAACUGUACGGCUUGGCUAGGAUCGUAAACAGACUCAAGGGCUAUCGGUUCUACGGCUGUAGCAUCUUGUUGAUUUACGACGGAGACCGCGACCUUCAAGAAACGCUUCGUUCGUCGUCCCUCGAGCAGCCAUCCUCGCGGAGCAAACGGGGAGAAUCUCUUGAGCGGCGCAACUCGCGUUCUGAGCAUUCGCGACCACAAGCUCUGCGCCGGACCCACAGUGAAGAUCUGCUCGUGGGUCCAGUGGCCAAGCGGAGACGAAAAAACCGUGGCGAGAUCAAUAUCCGGAUCGUUGAUUUUGCACAUACCACCACGGGCAAGGACUGGAUUCCUUACACAGAUAUCAAUGACAGGCCUCACGAGUCGAGCCAGACUUCGUCGGGAUAUGUCGCUGAGAUCGAUCCUUCCUCUGGGCUGCUUUAUGCUCGCUUCCCUCCUCAUUAUCCCGAGGAGGCGGACCGGGGUUUCCUAUUUGGUCUUCGCAGUCUGACUGAUGCGCUGGAGCACAUCUGGAACGAGGAGCGGAUUCGGCGGAUCAAGGCCAGCCGCGAGGACGAUCCUGCCGCUGAGACUCGACUUCCCCCGCUUCCGACCGACGGCCAGGAAAUCUUCGAGGAGAUCUUUGGCAGAGCCGACGAGGAUGAUCCUGGUCUUAUUUCGACGUAAUACCGUGCUUAUACUUACCAUAUUGUUUUCCUUGGGUUUUUGAUUCGAGAUCAGUCAGCUGCCCAUCAUAAUACCAUCCAUCUCCUCAACGUGUAUUUGCUCUAGAGACAUGUAGCCAACCGACUAUAUAAGCGCUUGCGCUGUUUGCAGGAAUUUGUGAGGCAGCAAGGUCGUCUGUUAGCCAACGUGCGUGUUUGGGAAAAAAUUAUUGGGUGUACACGUUCGGUUGGUGUUGCCGGAGCAAAAUACAUGUCUUAACUCCCAAUCAAGUUUUUGCGUUAAUUUUUAUUCACA